UUUGUUAGUUUCAACAUGGCGACACGUUCACUUAUCAUCGAUCUUUUCAAAAGCCCCAAUGGAACAUCGUAUGGUGUUCUUAUCGCUGUCUUCAUUGUCGUUUUGACUACAGUCCUUUACCUUUUGUUUGGUAGGAGUCGAUCUAGAGGACGUGGGAUCCUGUUCGUUGGACUAACAGAUGCUGGCAAAACGCUACUCUUUAGCAGACUAUCUAGUGGAAAACAUGUGAUGACACACACUUCAAUAAAAGAAAACAAAAACCUUUAUAAAGUAAAAGGCAGAAAGAGUGGCAAGACACUGGAUCUAAUAGAUUUACCUGGUCAUGAGAGAGUGAGGUCAAGAUUUGUAGAACAAUACAAGAGCCAGACAAGAGGGAUCUUGUUUGUUGUUGAUAGCGUCAACUUUCCACGAGAAGCAAGAGAUGUGGCAGAGAUAAUGUAUGACAUUCUUGGUGACAAGUAUUUAUCCAAAUCUACUUCCUCUAUCCUGGUUGUAUGUAACAAACAAGACCUUACAAUGGCCAAGUCACAGAGUGUAAUAAAAUCUCAGCUGGAAAAGGAAAUCAACACACUUCGCGUCACGCGUGCCGCUGCCCUACAAGGACAAGAUGGCGGCCCAACCAAUGACGCUGCGUAUGUCGGGAAGAAAGGCAAGGAUUUUGAGUUCGGUCAUGUGUUACCGCUGACGGUGGAGUUUGCAGAGUGCAGUGCCAAGGGCCAAGUAGAGGGAGAGGCUGAUAUCACUGCUGUGGAAAAAUGGCUAGAAAAGAUCGCAUGAAUUUGAUGCUCUGUUUGUGAUAAGAAACUGUAUUCAAGAAUCUUGAAGAUGAAAUUAAGAAAUGUACAGCAAAGUAUCGAGAGUAAAUCCAGGGCUGCUUUUGUUUUCCUUUUCUACGCUCUGCAAUUAGUCUCGAAAACUCCUACCACCUUCCAAGCCAAUCAGAUGCAAAACUAAAACUACUUGCGAGUUGACCACGCGUUUAAAUCUUUUCCCCUCAGUUAAGUGGCCUGCUCGCGAUAUUUUACAAUACUCCGAUAAGCCGUUGUGAUAACUACAGUUUUGGCUUCGCGACUGGUAUUUGCCGUUUGGUUUGUUUAAGUAUCUCUUACCUGGAUAUUCCUGUAAAGUUUAAUGCAGUAAUAUUAUCACUCACAUAUACGGAUUAGAGUAGCGGAUAAAAAAAAUUAAAGUAUCUUUAAACUUGA